AUGGUAUACAGCUACUCCGUGAGCGGUUGUCCAGCGACCUGUCUUGACCAGGAUCCAGACUCUUCUGCUUGUCAUGUACCUCCGACUGAAGGGUGUCAGUGUAAGGAAGGGUUUGUGCUCAGUGGAGACACCUGUGUCCAUAAAUCCCAGUGUGGCUGCUCGUCCUCCCUCGGAUACCUACCCCUGAAUAAGAAGAUUACAAGCGCGGACUGUCGGUUUAUAUCCGCUUGUGUCCUAGUAGACGGGAAGCCAUUUCUGCAGCAGACCUCUAACCCGUUGAAGUGUCACGAUCACGCCACCUGUGGACUGCUGAAUGGUAUGCCUCAUUGCUUGUGUAACGGCGGCUACUUUGGGGACGGCGUGAACGACUGCGAACCUCUAUGUAAUGGGAAGAAAUGUGCCGUUUACGCCGCAUGUGUAUUAGGAAGAUGCGUUUGUGACUCAGGGUAUCAUGGAAAUGGUUACUCAAAAUGUGAAGUUUUGGGUGUUUGUGGUGGUAAGACUUGUUGUGCCAAUACAGUCUGCAUUAACUACAACUGUAUCUGUAAGAACGGCUACACGGGCGACGGGUACAAGCUCUGUUCACCAUUGUGUGACGGAAAGCGAUGUUCUUCUAAUGCCUCAUGCCAAAAUCAGAAAUGCCAAUGCGACUAUGGUUUUCAUGGGAACGGUUAUUAUAAAUGCGAGCAACUCUGUGAUGGUAAGCGUUGCGUUGACAACGCUAUUUGUCGUUAUGGCGAAUGUAAAUGUGAGGAAGAUUAUCAUGGCAAUGGAUAUCACCAAUGUGACAGGAUAGGGGUCUGCGACAACAAAGUAUGCUGUCAAAAUGCGGAGUGUAUAAACUAUCACUGUGUUUGUAAGACUGGGUUUUACGGCGAUGGAUACGAUAACUGUAUUGAACUUUGUAACGGUAAGAAGUGUGUAGACAACGCCUACUGUCAGAAUGAUAUAUGUGAAUGUACGGACGGUUACCAUGGCAACGGAUUCAUCAAAUGUGAACCUGAGUUAACAUGCGGUGGGAAAUCGUGUGUGACCAACGCGGUGUGCAUCAACUUCCAGUGUCAUUGCCGACCGGGUUUCUAUGGCGACGGAUACGUCGGAUGUAAACGACUUUGUGCGGGCCGCGUCUGUGUAGAUUACUCCUACUGUUUUCGGGACCAGUGCAUUUGUCAGGACAGUUACCAUGGAAAUGGGUACAUACAGUGUGAACCUUUGAAACAGUGUGGAAACAGGACAUGUGUGCUUAACGCCAAAUGCAUCAACUUCAACUGUAUCUGUAAGGAGGGCUAUGUGGGGGACGGAUACAGGGAGUGUGAAUCAUUGUGUAACGGUAAACCGUGUGCCGAGUUCGCGAGAUGUCAGGGGGAUGUUUGUAAAUGCCUAAGUGGUUACCAUGGAAACGGCUACAUAAAAUGCGAGCCUGUGUAUUUCUGUGGUUCGAGGAGGUGUGCUGUCAACGCCGAGUGCCGUAAUUAUCAAUGUGGGUGUAAAGACGGUCACUAUGGUAACGGAUACAGCCGGUGCUACCCUCUUUGCAAUGGCAAGAAGUGCGCCGACGAUGCUGAUUGUGAAUAUGGCGUGUGCAAAUGCAGGGAGGGUUACCAUGGUAACCCGCAGGUUCAGUGUGAACCAACGACUAAAUGUGGUGGUAAAAUCUGUGCUCAAGACGCCGUCUGUGUAAAUUAUCACUGCACGUGUAAGGAAGGUUACACUGGCAACGGUUACGUCAAAUGUGUUGAGCUUUGUGACGGGAAGUUGUGUAAGCCGAAUGCCUACUGCAAAAAUGAUGUAUGCACUUGCAGUGGGGGUUUACACGGAGAUGGUUCCAUCAGAUGUGAACCCCUUGGUACGUGUGGAGGAAAGCGAUGCUGCCAGUACGCUCACUGUUACAAUUACCAAUGUGUUUGUGACGAAGGCUAUACGGGAAACGGAUAUGAAAAAUGCCAUAUUUUAUGUGAUGACCGGAAAUGCGCUCAAUAUGCCUACUGUGAAAACAACGAAUGUGCCUGUCAGAAUGGUUACCAUGGCAACCCAUAUAUUAAGUGCGAACAUGAAAGCACGUGUGACGGUAGACUGUGUGCACCCUACGCAGAGUGUAAAAACUAUCAAUGUGUGUGUCGAUCAGGUUACCUAGGAGACGGAUACAGACGUUGUAAAGCUCUGUGUGGCACAAAAGAAUGUCCUGACAAUACGGUGUGUAGGGAUGGGAAAUGUGUCUGUAUUAGCGGUUUUCAUGGUAACCCAGACAUCCAAUGUGAACCUAUGGGAGUGUGUGGAGGCAAAGUAUGUGACGAGUACGCCAAGUGUGUGAAUUACCGGUGUCGAUGUAACCAUGGUUACGUAGGGGACGGUUAUAAUAUUUGUGAAAAGCUUUGUGGGAAAAGCAAGUGUGUGGAUAAUGCAAUAUGUCAACAGGAUGAAUGCGUCUGUUUCACUGGUUACCAUGGCGACGGAUACGUAAAAUGUGAAGGCGAGGGAACGUGUAAUGGUAUUCCGUGCAGUGAGAAUGCAGAAUGUAUAAACUACCAUUGUAUCUGUAAAAAGACAUUUUAUGGAGAUGGAUACCACGCCUGUUACCCUUACUGCUCCGGACGGAAAUGUGGGGAGCAUGCCACAUGUUCUGACAACCAAUGUGCCUGUGAGACGGGGUUCCAGGGUGAUGCUUACAUCAAAUGCGAACCCUUCGGAAUCUGUGACGGAAUGCACUGUGCUGAUUAUGCGGAGUGUCUCAACUAUAAAUGUGUUUGUAAAAAGGGUUACAUUGGUAAUGGCUACGAGCGGUGUAAACCUCUAUGUGGGGGCAAAGAAUGUGUGCUGUACGCGCAUUGUGAAGAUGGCACGUGUAAAUGUAAUAGCAGUUACCAUGGAAACGGUUAUGUCAUGUGCGAAUCUAACACACAAUGCGGUGGGAAGGAAUGUUGUCAGAACGCUGUCUGUACUAACUACCUGUGUCACUGCCAGCUAGGGUAUUUUGGGGACGGUUACAGCAGCUGUAAAGCCCUAUGUGGAGGAAGAAAGUGUGCUGAGUACGCGCGAUGUCUUGACGGGAGCUGUGUAUGCGACCCGGGCUACCACGGAGAUGCUCUCAUCAAGUGUGAACCUAAAUAUUUUUGUGGAGGACGCCAAUGUGCAGACAAUACAAGAUGUGUUAAUUAUAAAUGCCUGUGUUUGGAUGGCUAUACCGGGGACGCAUACGAACAGUGUGAUGCACUGUGUGAUGGCAGGAAAUGUGCCGACUAUGCGUAUUGUGAAAAUACAAAAUGUGUUUGCCAGCCGGCGUAUCAUGGAGACGGAUUCAUCAAGUGUGAACUUUUGGGUGUUUGUGGAGGGAAACACUGUGCUAAGAACGCCGAGUGUACAGGAUACCACUGUAUAUGUCCUCAUGACUACAUUGGAAAUGGAUACCUUUACUGUGAAAAAUUAUGCAACGGGAGGAAAUGUGCUCUGUAUGCAGAAUGUACGAAUACAGGCUGUCAAUGCCAACCUGGUUACCAUGGAAAUCCGUAUCUUAAAUGUGAAGUGAUAAGUCUAUGUGGUGGUAAAACAUGCGCAGAGAACGCCCAAUGUUCAAACUACGCGUGCCAAUGUAAGCCAGGGUUCAUUGGAGACGGCAUCGUAAAAUGUCAAGAAACAUGCAAUGGGAGGUUAUGCGUUCCGUUUGCAGAAUGUAAAAACGGUAAUUGUGAGUGCCAGGAAAAUUAUCAUGGAUUCGGUUUCUGGAAGUGUGAACCACACGGUAUUUGUAACGGCCAGAAGUGUGCUACUCAUGCUAAAUGUAUUAAUUUCCAAUGUAUAUGUGAGGCUGGACAUUUCGGGGAUGGUUACAACUCCUGCAAACCAUUCUGUGGUGGAGGUGUUUGUACUGAACACGCUCAGUGUUCAAACGGAACAUGUGUCUGUCACACCGGUUAUCAUGGAAACGGCUACCUCAAGUGUGAACCACUGGGUAUCUGCGGAGGCCGUGAGUGUGCUAAAUAUGCCGUCUGUGAAAAUUUCAAGUGUGUCUGCAGACCAGGCUACUUCGGGGACGGAUAUACCUACUGCGAUCUGGACGGGUACUGUCGGGGGAACAAGUGUGCUGACAACGCCGAGUGUAUCAACAACCUUUGUGUUUGUCGGGGUGGCUACGUAGGUGACGGAGAAGUGGCCUGUAAAAGGAAGUGUGUUUGCUCAGCCUCCGGAGAUCCGCACUACUCCCGUUACGACGGUAAAACGCUCAACUUCCAAGGCAUAUGUAAAUACACAUUGACAAAGCUUAAAAAGACAAUAGGCGGGUGCUAUUUCAACAUAGAGGUCAAAAACGAACAUCGGGGCAAGAGCACCCGUGUGUCGUGGACGAGACUGGUGGACAUCAGGAUCAACGAAGUUAAUAUCAGGCUACUCAGGAGGAAGAAGGUGUUGGUAAACAGCUACCUGCAUCAUCUACCCGUUAUGGAAAAUGGCUAUCAGAUCUAUCGGAGCGGUAUUUGGGUAGUUGUGACCUCGCGUUGCGGGGUAACGGUGUGGUGGAAUGGCAAGGCAGCUGUCAUGGUGGAGGUAAAAGUCGACUACGGACAACAUCUCACCGGUAUCUGUGGCAACUGUAACGGCCUGGAUGACGAUGACCGGAAGCGGGACGGAGAAGACGUAACAGGCUACCCGAAACGUAAGCGGGGCGCUAUCAUUGGUCACAGUUACAUAGUGGAGGAUGACACUGAACCGGAAGGAGGUGUUGCGGAAGAAUGCAAGACAGAAGAGGUUGAGACACCCGAGUGUUCCGAGGAACACGUGGAGGCAGCCAAGGCAGUAGAGCUAUGUGGUCUACUGGACUACAGCGUUAGUGACAGUCCAUUCCGCCAGUGUAUCAAGCAAAACCCAAUCCUGGCAGACGUCAAGCUUAAGGCCUGUAUUUUCGACGUCUGCGCUAAUUAUGGCGACAGCUCUGUGGAUGUACAGUCUAUAGGGUGUGGCUACUAUGAGGAGUUCGAUGAAGAGUGCUCUCUUAGAGGAUUCCACGUGAAGUGGCGGACCACUGAUAUAUGUCCCCUGCGAUGCCCAAUCAACAUGCGAUAUAACCCGUCCGUGAGUGGCUGUCCAGCAUCGUGUGUCAACCCUAACCCCUCGUGUAACCUACCCACUACGGACGGAUGUGAAUGCUUGCCGGGCCUGCUCGAGAGUGGCGACAAGUGCGUGAAGAAAGAGGAGUGUGGCUGUCAGUGCGGGGACCUACCCUAUGUCCCGGUUGGAGAGCAAUAUGUGACAGAAGAUUGCGCAGAGGUAACAGAAUGUCGACUGGUCUACGGCAAGCCAGUGAUGAGGGGUGUGCAAAUUAAUAUAGAAUGUGGAACGAACGCAUUGUGUGCCCUUAAGGAGGGCGUGCCCACAUGCACGUGCAAUGCUGGAUACACACGGGAAGGAAACAGCACCUGUGUUCCCAUACAACAUUAUUAAUACGUAUAUCAUGCGUUUAUUAAAGAGUU